UUGGCUCGCUGUGAGUCGGCUUCAAAAAUGGCUGAAACAACAGAAGGAGCGAGGUGUGGACCAUAUUAUAAGAAAGAAAGGAUAAAACACAACCCAGAGGAGGAAGCCAGACUUGAAAGGCAGCAUUUCUGGAGAAUAAUCGAUGCUUUUAGGUUUUACAGAGUCCACGUCCAGGAGCAGGUGACACGAGCUGAGCGUCAGUUUCUGAGUUUGUCUCAAAAGCACCAGAAUUUGCUGCCUGGAGUUCUACCCAAACUCGCCCGGGUCAGGGAGUGUGCCGAACACAACCAGGAGAUUCUGGAGGCCAUCGUUCACAACAGCCUCCACAUGUUUGAGAACGUGGAGUAUGGUAAUAGGGUAGGGCUCGACUCAAACCAGAGUCAUACGCACUAUGCACAUAUAGAGAACCAGCACUGCAUGCCAGUAGACCCAAAGAAAACGCGUUCAUCCACAUUUGACAUGGACAAGCUCAAGUCCACCAUAAAGCAGUUUGUCAGGGACUGGAGUGAAGUGGGCAAGGCUGAGAGGGACUCAUGCUACAAACCCAUCAUCAGAGAAAUCCAGAGACUCUUCCCAAGUGACAAAUAUGAUGUGUCUAAGGUGAGUGUCCUGGUUCCUGGAGCUGGGCUUGGUCGUCUUGCCUGGGAGAUCGCUCAGCUGGGCUACAUGUGUCAGGGCAACGAAUGGAGCUUCUUCAUGCUUUUCUCCUCAAACUUUGUUCUCAACAGGUGUGAAGAAGUGAAUUCUCUCACCUUGUAUCCCUGGAUUCACCAGUUCAGCAACAACAAAAGAUCCUCUGACCAAACAAGACCAGUCAGAUUCCCUGACGUCAACCCUCAAGAUCUACCACUGAGUUCUGACUUCUCCAUGGUGGCAGGGGACUUUGUGGAGGUUUACACUGACUCGGAGGUAUGGGACUGUGUGGCAACCUGCUUCUUUAUCGACACAGCUCAUAAUAUCAUGGAGUAUGUGGACACCAUCUGGAAGAUUCUCAAACCUGGAGGAGUAUGGAUCAACCUAGGUCCACUUCUGUAUCAUUUUGAGAACAUGGUCAAUGAGCUCUCCAUUGAACUCAGCUAUGAAGACGUUAGGACAGCGAUCAUAAAGUUGGGCUUUCUCAUUGAGGUGGAGAAGGAGUCAAUGCAGACUACCUACACAGAAAACGACCGCUCUAUGUUGCGAUACAUCUAUGACUGUGUCUUCUUUGUUGCAAGAAAACCCAAAGAGCUGCACUUUAAUGGUCGAGAGGACGAGCAACAACACAGUUGUCCCCCAGCUGCCAAGUCAUCACGGAGAGAGAGCAGUGACAGACUAACAUGACAUGACAUUUCUGACAAAAAUGCUUUAAUUAAAGGUCAAAUGUUGAUUUCAUUGUAAAUAAUUUGACUUUUCAAAAGAGCAAAAUGGACACAAUGAUUUUCCCAAGUUUAAGUGUUUUAGACUUUAUGAAGGCUGCAAAAGCUGCAUCCAAGGCCUGGACUCUCUUGGAAAGAUUCACUCAACUGUUUAAUAUUUCUGGAAUAGCGCAAACACCUAAAUACAGAAUGUAACUUGUGAUUAGCAAUGUUACAAUAUUGUGUUAUAACGUGUAAUCACAAAACAGCAUUUUUGAGUCCGUAGUGGCUCUUACCUCUGACUAGAUUAAAGUAGCUGGUUGUAGUCAAGAGCUGUAAGCCUUUUAGCAAUUUAAACCCACAGUUUUACUUCUACACAUUAUGCGUAAAUAAGCAUGGUAUUGAACAUUUAGAAGACUAUUUAUUUUUUUCUUUGUGCCAAUGACCUUGCCUUUUUUUCCAUGUGUUGCCUUUGAGUUUUUGAAUGACGGAUUGUGUCAAUUAUUCCUCUGCUUUCAAACGAUACUUUGAAAUAAAGAAAUAUUGUAAAUAUGAA